AAAACUUAGGAGACCGCUUCCAUCAACGGCGCAUGCAAUUCUGCUGCACAUGUACCCAAUUGGAAUAUCACAGUUCCGUGAUACACUAAUUCGAAUUGCACAGGGGCGAAUCCUAGGGUAAAAGCACAUUCAAUGAUUUGUUGUGCGUGGUAUACAUAACACUGGUUUAGGGGAGUCCAAGAUAUUCCUGGACAUUGUAUCAUGGAAUGUGACUCGCCAUGUGUUUAGACCACAAACCAACAGGAAACAGGAAGGAUAUCAUCAACAACAAUUUCCAGAGCCCUGAUUAUUCCAGCAAAGCCCUCAUGUGAUUGUGUAAAAGAACCUUCAAACAAUUCAUCAGUCUGUUGCCUACCGUUGAAGGUAUUGCCAGCGCUGUGGUAAUAUUUCCGAUCAACACUGAACACGUGAGGACUUUCAGAGGUCUGCAUUGUGGGUGUGCAAGUCUGCGGGGAUGUCCAUAAAUAGUCUUCAUCAUUCAGAAAAAAGCCCACCAAACACCAGCUCAGCUUAAAAAGUACAUUAUGCCAAGGGGGAGUGAGGAGAGAGAUCGGGAAGCCCGGGCUGCGGCUCAACUGAUAUACAGCAAUGCCCCUGAUUCCCCUCCCGUCGUUAGAUCACCUACGCAAGCCAAUGGCACUCAUCCACCGGUAACAGAGAAUCGGGCAUCGGCGCAAAAUAGCUUCUCCUCGGUACGCAGGAUGUUCUGCUUACUCGCGACCUUUGACCUGCUGUUGACGGCCGUGCUAUGGUUUCUCUACAUUCAGCUUAUUAGACUGGCCGGCGGUGUAAAAGAUGGCUUCAGAUGUCAGAUAGUGAAGUACGACUUCGAUUACUCGCUCUUUGACAUCGUCAUCAUGGCGUUCUUCCGUUUCGUGGUUCUUCUCCUUGCCUAUGCCGUGUGCAAAGCCAAGCACUGGAUCUUUGCUGCAAUAACAACAGUAGCUACCAGUGGUUUGAUUGUGGCCAAGAUUUUCCUUUAUGAUUUUUCGGAUACAAAUGGAUUCCCAGAGGGUUGCGCACCUAACGGAACAUUCAAUGCCCUCAUGGCGAUUUUCAUGCUGCUAUGUAGUCUUCUCAUAGCCUGGCUUGAGCUAUGGGUAUUUGACUUCAAGGUUAUACCAAAGGAAAAACAAUUGUUAGAAGAUGCCUUGAUAACUCACCCUGCUCAGCCGGAUGAAAGGCGCCCUCUAUUGGAUCCCUAUGACAAUAGAAGAUACGAUCUACCAGGAGGACAGGCCUUUUAUUCACCAUAUGAUUCACCACAAGGUUCAGACACCGAAUCUCUUACGAGUGAGCAAUCGAACUCCAGCUUCAAAUCGUCACGGACGGCAGACUUUCAGUCCCUACCAAAUAGCCAAAGAGGAAGUACCAUAGAUCUAGCGGGAUCGGUCAAUGAGCAGGAGUACAUCCAGAAGGCCAAGGAUGCGCUGGUCCAACUUCAAGGUAUCUUGGACAAUACUGAUAUAUGGAAGAAGGAGACCAGCGAAGACGACGCAACAGUAUACUGUGGGACAUAUCCAGGGAUAACUCAGAGAUUAUACAAGCUAGAUGCAAUUCUUCCAGUAUUACCAGAUGUAUUACGAGAAGUAAUAUGGGACAAAUGCGAUGAGUCGGCAUCGUGGAAUUCAGCGUUACUAGAAGCCGAGAGGGUUCAAGAUAUCAACCCAUAUGUUGAUAUUCUAUACAGUGUAUCAGCUCCUGGAGGCAAAGGGGUAUUCAGUAGCAGGGAUUUUGUAACUUGUCGGUUGUGUGAGCAGCGAGGUGAUCGAUACGUGUCUAGCGCCAUCGCUGUCAAGCACCCCGACAAGCCACCGGUACCAGACCAUGUCAGGGGUGAGAUUCGGGUGAGCGGAUGGGUGAUAGAACCAGCACACGACAGGCCAGGACACUGCAGAUAUAUCUGGAUUGUUAACUCAGAUAUAAAACUAAAGGUUUGGACACCACAGAACAUUAUGGACCCUGUAAUGGGCGGGGUCAUCAUGGGUUCGUACCGCGAUCUUCUCAAACACCUGACCCAGGAACGAACUACGGCGUCGUCGUGACGACUGUGAAAACAUGACAUCGCUACCACCCAUAACACCAACCGAUGACCAAAUCAUAAGUCAGUACUCGUGAUCAAUGAAGUUCCUUAAUUGCUUUCAUCACUGAAUUGUUACCAAAACAUUGUUUUGUUUAUAAAUCACAAGAAGAAGGAUACUCAUUGGAGGAUGUGUGUUUUGUUGUUUACCCUUUUUGUGUACGAUACUUUGAAUAUUGAUUCUGUCAAGGCAUGCUCACACUGACCAUUGGCCAUAUUUAUGAAAGAUGACCCGAGUCCCGUAACCAAAAGCUUAGCAAUUGAUUGUGGGGCUGGGUUUCAAGAUAGAUCAUAUACAGUAAUCAAUGCAAUCAAUUCUAGAUAUGAGCCCUACGAUCAGUCACUAAGCUUUGUCUUACACGGCCCUGGUCGAUAUUUCAUAAAGCAGUUUGUAUAGUUACGCAUGACUUGACAACUGGAACAUGUUGUCAGGUUGUAAGUAUGCUACAUAAGAAUAUCAUGUAGUUCAAGAAAGAGUCACCAAUCGUGCGUAAAGUCAUGCGUAAUUUACAAAUUGCUUCAUGUAACGUUCCCCUGGGUGGUUUCAUAAAGCUGUCCUGAUAAAUAUGCAUGUCUUUACACGUGAUUGGAAUAUGUUCUUAGGGGCCAAGUCAUUGACAUAGGAAUAUAUCAUUAAGCAGAAGAAAGGGUCACCAGUCAUGUGAAAUGAACAGCUUUAUGAAAUGGCCUCCGGAUCAGUCCCACUCAUUGGUCGUCAAAAAUCAAUCACCGAUACGAUUCCUUGUAAUUAUGUACGUUCAUAAUGGGCGAUUUGAAGUUAAGUACUGACUGCUGUUGUUGGAAUUAGACCAAAUUUUACGUUAGCUACAUCGUCAAAUUUGCAUUCAGCUGAUGCUGGGAUGGGCUAUCUAUAAUGCACUUGGAAUGAUUUUUGUAAACCCACAUUCAGUUGUGGUGCUAGAUAAGGCAACAGUGAACUUGAAAUCACUCAUAUUGUAAGUCCUAAAAUUCUUGUGCCUGAUUUGGGGAUUUAAACAUAGAGGGCGUCCUUGUAUCCAUUUAACCCGAGCCCUAAAUGACCAACUUUGUUUCUGUUGGUCACAUGGCUCAUAUUCUUUCAUUAAAAUGCUUGCCCAACAUAGCAGUGUCUGCAGUGUUGUAUCCAACUUGACCUAUUGUCCAGACGUUGGUAUAAAGAGAAUUAGGUGCUAAUAGAAGGCUAAAGGCAUAAUGAAAUUGGGAAGCAUGCCACAAUAUUCAGCAAAAACACAUAUUGCGCAAUUUCAACUGGUUGGAAUGCUUCAAUAUAAAUCAUGGCCCUUCAUUAGCAGAUUUAUGCCUAACAGUUGAGUCUUGGAACUCUUGUUGGAAUGCCCCCAGGGAGUGGAGAAGGUGCAUACAUUGUGUGCGAGCAUGCAAGGAUCCGAUGACCGGGUAAUAAUAUAUCUGUUAUGCGCUUAGAGACGUUGUUCCCAUGUGUUAAGUACUAUAUAAAUGCGGAAUAUUAUUAUUUAAUUGUGUGAAAUUUACAACUGGGCGUUGUGGCGUGCGCCUG